AUAACAAAGUCAUUACAACCAUAAACUGGGCGACAACAAACAUAGUCAACCGCUUACAAGUCUCUAUUGUGGUGAUGGGUUAUCAGUUACCUACCACAUUGCCUUCAUUCUAAGUAACCAAAUCUACAGGAAGAACAUACCAGAAAGUUUCUCCUAGAUAACAAGGGAAGAGAGAGAAAGCGAAAGCGAGAGAAAGAGAGAUGAACCGGGUAGCUUUCGUCUUUUUUGCUAUAUUCCUCCUUCGAGAUCAUUGUUUGCUGGUGCUGUCGCAAAAUGCAGAAGAAUGCAACAGCAACAUCAACUUCAACGAUAAUGUCCAGUUUGACACCACUGCCAUGUUUUGCCAAACUGUCUGGGGGGACAAAGAUUACGUUCUUCGGUAUGUCCAAGCAGGAACAGAGCUUUGGAGUUUCCUACUGUCAGCCCCAAACACAAACUCAUGGCUGGCACUCGGUUUCUCAAGCAAUGGGCUGAUGAUUGGGUCUAGUGCAAUGGUUGGUUGGAUCUAUCAAAAUGGGACUGCAAUGGUCAAGCAGUACUAUUUGCAAGAUAAAAAUCCAGAAAAGGUGACACCAGAUGCAGGUGAGCUCAAUGUGAAGUUGAACUCAACAACGGUGUACACCCGGUCAAACCGCAUAUAUCUGGCUUUCCAGCUUAACACAAAGCAACCUCAAAAAUCGCUUCUUUAUGCUGUGGGACCCUACGGCCAACUGCCAACAGCCAAGGAUGAGUUAAGGUUGAAAGAGCACCGAGACAAAGACAGCGCCUCAUUGGAUUAUACUACCGGGAGAAGUAACACAAUAAGCAGCCCAUACACUGGAAUACGAAGGACCCAUGGAGCUCUAAACAUGAUCGGAUGGGGAAUCUUGAUGCCAAUUGGAGCCAUAGUUGCUAGAUACUUUAGGCAGUGGGACCCAAUUUGGUUUUACUCACAUGCUACAAUCCAGAUCUUUGCUUUUCUGUUUGGACUAGUUGGCUUCAUCUUAGGAUUCGUGGUGGAGGGAUUUAUAAAAGCUGAAGUGACACACCACAAGAAUAUUGGUAUCCUUAUUCUCAUACUUGGUUGCCUUCAGGUAAUGGCUGUCUUGAUUAGACCAAAAAAAGGAUCAAAGCCACGUAAAUACUGGAAUUGGUACCACCAUAAUGCUGGGAGGAUCAUGGUCAUUUUUGCAAUCUCAAACAUAUUCUAUGGUAUUCGUUUGGGUAUGGAGGGUUCCAGUUGGUACGGUACCUAUGCAGUGAUUCUUGCACUCAUGCUUAUCGUAGCUAUUGUUCUGGAAAUCAGAUUAUGUAGACAAAGAUAGUUUUGUAAGGCUUAAAACUAGAAGUUGCAGUGCAAAUUCUGUAUUGUGUUCUAUGGGUUUACAGAUUAGUGUGCUGAGAUAGGAAGUAUUUAUUUGGCACUCAAAGAUCACUUGUACCUAACAUUUGUUUUGAGAAUGUAUUGCAUGUUUUCUACAUAUAUUUCUUGGCUUUAUAUAAUGAUAAUUUCCAAUCAAGACCUCUUAAUUUUAAAUGAGGA